UGCGGGAGGUUUCGAAUACAUGACAAUAACAAAGCCUCUGAUUGGUUGGGCGCUACCGUGACGUCAUGAACGUUCUAACCAAUAAUAAAAGUCACGUGGCGACCCGAAAACAUGGACCAAAAUUAUAUAUAUUUUUUUAUCUAUGCUUUUUUUUUUUUGGGGGGGGGGGGGAAGUCUCACCCUCAUGGGCCUCGCGAAUUUCUUCCUUUUUUUUGGCUCAAGUAAAUUACCUACAGUAUAGCCCGGAGUGAUGGAAUGACGAAACGUUUUUUUUUUUAAUGAUGAUGUAAAUAUUUAAGUUAACCCUCAAAUAUUUUUUCAUUGUCUAGCAUAUACUCUUUCAAAGAAAAUGUAGUCAGUAGCACGCAGAGAGUGAGUUUGAACAUAUGUUGUAUUGCUGCUCACGCUCAUAUUAUUAUAAUAACAAACGGAGACACACACAGAAAACAUCUUAGAUAACGAUGGGAAGGAAGAGUAAGAAGCGUGCGUUGCAGGGAGUACAGGGAGCAGUAUCUAGAGCGGCCAAAAGAAGAACUGCAGGUGAUAAUGUGCCCAAGUCAAGUGCCUUUGUUACUAGAUGCCUUGAAAGAGGACUUACUUUUGAAGAUCCUGAAGAUAAUGAGGCUGGAGAUAUGCCAUCAAACCUAAUAUGGAUCAAAGAAGAGUUAUCUAGUGAAGAUGUAUCGAAUGAAUCGUUUAUGGAGCAUCCAAGACUAAUACAGGACUUUGAUGUGAAGGCAGAAAUUGAUGAAGAGUUUGAUGAAAUAGAAAAUAAAUUAGAAAUAAAAGAGGAACCAGUAGAGUAUCAUGACUCGGAAUACAGUAUCAGAUUUGAAGAAAGUGUUGGCAGAGUUGAGGAUUCAAAAGACUUCAUAAAUGUUUCAAACCUUUGUCAGUUGGAGAAUGGUGAACGAGCCAGUCAGAGAAUAAGAGGCUGUAACUUGGCAUCAGAUGACAGUGAUUCAAAUAGAGAUUUUGAGAAGGAUGAUGACGGUUUCGCCUCUGAUGAGGAGAAUCAGGAUGAUGAAUUUACACCAUGCACUUCCACUACCAAAAUGAAAAGUUUGACAGACCCAACUCGGCAAGUCAAGAUGGGUCCCAUGCAAAUGACUGAUGUGGAAAAAGCCCGUAUUCCUGCUCUUCGGGAGGAGAAAGUGCCAAUUAAAGAAAUAGUGAGGAGGACAGGGAAAGGUACAGUUGCUGUGGCCUCCAAACGAAAAUUCCGAAAUGCAUGGUUGGAGCAAGGGUUGUUCAAAGCUUGGCUGGAACCUGUAGAAGAUGACCCACACAAGGCACGAUGCAAAGUCUGCAAGUCGUUCCUCGCUGCUGAGAUAAAUUCUUUAAAACGACAUGCACGGUGUAAACUCCAUAAAUUACAUGAGGCUGUAGAGAGAACGACCCCUGAACUCAAUGAAGAAGACAACGACAGAAUAACCAUAGCAGAAAUCAAGCUAACGGGAUUUUUUGUAGAACAUCGUAUUCCCUUUACCACCGCAGACCACUUGAUUGGCUUAUUAAAACAUUUAUUUCCUGAGUGUUCCAACCUUCAAAAGUGUUAUUUAAAACAAACAAGAGUAAAAAAAGAUAGGAAAAAGUGGUAGUGUUUGGAGAGACUGAACUGAAUACGAAAUCAAGGGAUUUUAUGUUUUCCAUCAAUCAAACAAGACUAAUGACACGAGUAUUACCAGAAGUGCACACAGUUCUCUCAGUAUAGCAGUACAGAAAUGCAGGUAAAACUGCUUUGAAAUGCCUAUGAAAUUCCCAGCUAUGGUCUCUGCAGGCUUCAAAGUAUCUUCCUUGAAAAUGUGAUCUCAUUAGAAAUAUAUUCAGCCAUCUCUCGCAAAGUGCUGAAAGACUACAUCAAUUUCAAGAUUUCAUGAUUUUUAUGAUGUUAAAUUAUACAAAAUGUUGCAUGUAUACCAGACAAGGUAGCUGUCAUACCAUGCAGCUAUUGCUAUACUUUAUGAACAUGUGUUGAUUAGAGACUUCAUGCUACUGCAGUUUAUUCACUUAACUGAUAACUGAAACCUAGAAACUCUUGAAAUUAGCCUGCUCUUUGGUCAGUAGAACUCUGAAGACCAUUGCAAAUUUCCAGUUCUUAUAUUUACAGAUAUAUAUGUCGUAUGCGAAUUCGUCUAUUAAAAGCAUACAGUGUGA